CCAGACCCCCUAGGAAAGGCUCGGUCGGAGAAGCAGAAGCCCAAGGCCUGGUGCUCUGCCGUGUUCCACAGGCGCCCCCGGGGCCCCGGGGAGCGGGAGGCGGGUCCGAGGCGGGCAGCCCACGCCUGCUGUGCCCUCACAGGUUCCGAGGACCCGGACGACGCGCCGCCCGCGCACGAGCCCCGGCUCAGGCUCAUCCUGGCCGGCAAGACCGGCGCGGGCAAGAGCGCCACGGGCAACAGCAUCCUGGGCCACGGGCGCUUCCCGUCCAGGCUCGCGUCCACCCCGGUGACCAGGACCUGCGCCCUGGGGAGCCGCCGCUGGGCCCGCUGGCGCGUCGAGGUCACCGACACCCCGGACCUCUUCAGCGCCGACGGCCGCCGCGCCGACCCGGACUGCGCCGAGCGGGGCCGCUGCUACCUGCUGUCGGCGCCCGGGCCGCACGCGCUGCUGCUGGUCACCCAGCUGGGCCGCUUCACCGCCCAGGACGAGCAGGCCGUGCGCGGCGUCCGCGAGCUCUUCGGGGCCGGCGUCCUGGCGCGGGCAGUGCUCGUCUUCACCCGCCGGGAGGACCUGGAGGGGGCCUCGCUGCACGACUACGUGCGCGACACCGACAACCGCGCGCUGCGGGCCCUGGUGGCCGAGUGCGGCGGCCGCGUGUGCGCCCUGAGCAACCGGGCCGCGGGCGCGGCGCGCGAGGCGCAGGUGGAGGAGCUGCUGGCGCUGGUGGAGCGGCUGGCGCGGGAGCACGCGGGCGCGCCCUUCACCAACGCCGUGUACGGCCUGGCGGAGGCCCUGCGCCACGCGCCCCCCGACCUCAGGCUCCGGCGGGUGGCCCAGCUGCUGGCGGCCGGCGGCUCGGCGCGGGGGCGGGGGCGGGGGCGGCGCUGGCUGGAGGUGGCGCCGCGCGGGUGGCGGCGGGCGCUCGUGCUGCUCGGGGGCGCGCUGCUCCUGGGCCUGCUGCUCUGGCGCCUGAGACCAAAGGCCUUGCAGGAGGUCAGUCCCGACUGACAGUCCAGGGACGACUUCGGCCCAUCGACUGAUGAUCACUUCGCCGCUCGUGCGGUGUGCCUUCGGGGCCCACAGGCUCUUCUUUCCUACUUCCCUGGCGGGGAUUGCCUAGGCAGCGUCCCGCCCGGCCCGGACUCAGCAAAACCUACCCUUGGGACUUGGCCCUCCCUGUGCUCUCCUUUCACUGAAGCCAAACAACCGGAUUUGCUUUUAUCUGUUUUCCCUGACCUCAGGCUGCCUUCCCCUGUCAUUGGAUUGUCUUCCCUCCUGUCUUUGCCCUCAUGUCUCGCGGACUCCCCCAAAGGCCGAGAGGGAGAGCCAACACAGAGCAGAACCUCAGUCCAUCCUCGUUUAUUUGAGUUCAAUCUGAGUUGAAUAAAUAUAGGAAACAAU